AUGAUAGAUGGGAACUCACACUCAAGCACAUUGACGACAGCCCGUUGGUCAACCUGGGAGAUUCGACGGAGAAGCUGCUGGCAGACCACAAUACCCGUCAGGAUCGUGAGCGGCAAGAGGCUACGUGUCCGGACACUGAGGGCGCAGAUUCAGAUCUCUCCCAAGCAAGGCGGCCAUCGCGAGGCGCUGCUGGAGUGCGGGUACUGGAUGAAGAGGGAGGCACUGCAGUCAGAGCAGCGGCUAUUGGAGCUCACCACCGAGAUUGCCACUCGUCCCGUGGCGGGUGCCGAGCAAAGCUCGCAAUUCGCCCAGUGGAUGGCUUGGCACUUGCAGGUGUACUUUCUGCAUUUGCUGGGCUUCACCAUGCAAGGACCCAUCCUGCCAGCCCUGAGGGCACACUUCCACCUCCGUGCUUCUCAAACCGGCUUGAUCACUUCAGCCUUCCCGACUGGGAUGCUCGUGGCGCUGUUCUUCUAUCCACGCCUCAGUGAUGUUUGGGGCCGCCGCUCGUCCAAAUGUCUUUUAAAGUAG